UGUCGGUAGAGGCAGCCGGAGGAGGCCGUGUCGGAGAACGGAGACUCUGGUGUGGUCGGUAGCUAGCUUGUCGGUGCUCGUGGGUUUUGUUCGAAUCGUGCCUUGUCUCUCCCUGGAAGGGGAGGGAGGCUUCGACGUCGACAGACAGCCGCCGCCGCAGUCCCGAGCCUGAAGUCGCUAGGACUUCUCUCAAACUUGUGUGCUGAGGACACUCAGAUGUUGGCCUCAGCUCCCAGGCUGAACUCAACAGAUUGGCCCAUGAAAACUUCUGUAUUGAGACAAAGGAAAGGAUCCACCAGAAGGCAACACCUAUUAUCCUGGGCUUGGCAGCAAGGAAGAGGACAGGUAGUGGAAAUCCUGCAAUCUGAAAAGCAGACUGAAAGGUGACAAAGAAGCUGAAGAUGGGUGGUGGAGAGAGGUGUAACAUUCCAGCCCCUCAAUCUAGAAACGUUAGUAAGAACCAACAGCAGCUUAAUAGACAGAAGAUCAAGGAUCAGAAUUCCCAGAUGAAGAUUGUUCAUAAGAAAAAAGAAAGAGGACAUGGUUAUAACUCAUCAGCAGCGGCAUGGCAGGCCAUGCAAAAUGGGGGGAAAAACAAAAAUUUUCCAAAUAAUCAAACUUGGAACACUAGCUUAACAAGUUCCAGCUUGCUUUUUAAGUCUCAAGCCAAUCAGAACUAUGCUGGAGCCAAAUUUAGUGAGCCACCAUCACCAAGUGUUCUUCCCAAACCACCAAGCCACUGGGUUCCUGUUUCCUUUAAUCCUUCAGAUAAAGAAAUAAUGACAUUUCAACUUAAAACCUUACUUAAGGUACAGGUAUAAAAUAAGAUAAAAUACUGUUUAAAUUUAGUUAUGUUUAGGGAUAGUUGUCAAUUGGUCUGAAACAAAUUCACUAGGGGAUUUGUGUAAAAUUGCUAAUUAAUGUAAAAAUAUAAUUAGACUUCAUCUUGUUUGUUUUGUGUUGUCUGCACUGUGAUGUAAUGGUAGUAUCAGUGCAACUUAAAAUAACUAAAUUAAUAAUUGUACUUAACAGUUUUUAAUUAAGUAGCUUUUAAAGGAAACCAAGUUUAGAUUUGGGAGAUGGUAAAGAAAUCAACUUUUCUAUUGUGUGUUGGAGAAAAAUAAUUAAGAUUAUGAAACUGAAUCAUUAUAAGCAUCAAGCUAAGACAUGGAAGGACUGAGAACUAGUUGAACAUUUGAAAGUUUAAUGUCCUACAGACACCUAAACCAGUAAUAAUAGGCCAACAACCUGAUGCACUGCCAAAAGAAAAUAUGAAAUUUUCCCAAUGAAUAGUUGCAGUUUAAUAAAUUGUACAUUGGUGAAUGUGGAAAGAGCACUCCAGGCUUAUUUGAAUGAGGCACAGUAUAUUCAAAGGCCCUGUUUCUUAAAUACAGUGGCUAGGUGUCUGCCAAUAAAUGCACCAAAACCCUUUUAAAAAAUAGAAACAGUAUUUGAUGGUCACUCAGUAGCUUUCAGAAUACAUUUUUGUAUUACUGUACUGCAUAAGCUAUUCUGACAGUGAUCUGGCCUCAUGUCCGUACAAAACUUGCUUAAAGUUGGGAGUUUUAAGAGUGAAAGUUCUAAGUACCUAGGGAAGAAAGAGCCAUGUAAAUACACGUUAACAAACUUGUAGCAUAUGUAAAGUUUUCUUGGCCUUUAUCUUACAAGAAUUGAAUAUUUUAGUAUGAAUUUGCUGAAUAUAAGAACAUGGUCUGUUUUUAUACUAUGGCCUAAUUUUAAAGGUCCAAAAUAAUUUUUUAAAGUUUGCCCUUGUGCUAAAGUGCCAGUAUAUGUAUGUUAUGAUUUGGUUGUAAACUAUAUUUCCAAGUAAACCCUACUGUGUGUAUAACUAUCUGUAGAACUUUAGUUAAGUUUUAUAACUAAAAUGAUUUAAGCUGCUAAAACACUUCCUAGUUUUAAGAGAUGUGAAAUGCAGUACAGGGCUUCCCCCCUACCGUCACCUUAACCCAAAGAUGAACUAUUAAAGGGUCCUUCCAACUUUAAAGAUUCAUUUUGGCUUUCACCAGUUCCUGUAAACCAUGAUAAAAGUAUAGCUUAUUGUAUGGUGGCACUGUCUUGUUUGUCAUGAGUGCCACCCAGGGGACCACUUAUGCAAAAGAUGUAAUCUCUUGCAUAAUACCUCGAUAAGCAUGUUCUACCAACUUUAAGGGUAAAUGCUAAAUAUAAGUUAACCCAAUAGCAAGUUGAAGAAAAAAGUAUGUGGGUCAAUUUAAAAAUUCUGAUAAUGCCCUAUUUUCUAAUGUGGCACCCCUUUUGGUGUUUAUAAGCAGAAUGAAGUUGCAUUUCUCCAAAUUCAGAUGAAAUAAUACUGCCCAAGUCAAAUAUCGAUAUUCUAAAGACAAGUUUAUGUAGUACUUAAUGUACAAAAUUUGAAGCAUGAAAUUGAAAAUAAAAUCGCUUUUCUCCCCA